GAUUUCUAUUGUAUCAUCUAAGCACGGUUGACCAUCGAGUGGAAAAUAUCAAGAGACAUCCAAUAGACGGGUGUGUAAAAUUCUGGAUUCCGGUGUCAUUCCACACCAUUGAUGGUAGCAGAUAAACACUUCCCCGGGUAUACACACACACCGGAAGUUGGAUAUACAUGAGUAUAUAGCGUAGUGAAUAUUUUCUGACACCUCUGAAUCAUCGAUUCCAGUGCUGUGGAAGACUCUGCUAAUUGGCGUAAUUCAGUAUGAUUGGAGUCUCGUUACUUAUUGAUGCUGUUUAUGAUAGAACAAUCCCUGCUCAUAAUAGACAACCUUUGUAAAAACUCGCCUGCCAUUAGCCCAGUAUGGGGACCUGCAUUUUGCCGGAAAUAUGGCCAAAAUUUACGUUGGAUUCCUGCAAAAUCUUCUCUUCGUGAUCAUCAUUAACUCGACUACAGCACAGGAUGAGGAAUGCGAGGGGUAUCUGAAAAAACCACUUUACUGUUAUGAGUGCCAAGCCUCUACAAGUAACCCUAACUACUGCGCUGACCCGUUCAAUGCCACCCUGUUGGCAAACAAUGUUUCUGUGUGUGAGGGCCAUUGUGUGAAGUGGGUCAGAGAAGCAAGGCCAGGUGAGCUAACUUACACAAGGACCUGUUCCACGCGCCUGAAAAUCAAGAUGAUGAUCAACAUCGUCUGUAUGGAAGAAUCCCGGCCUCGUUCAGGAGAAAUAUGCUUCUGUAAAGAUCCCAAAUGUAAUUUGUCGUCUGCAAUAUACUUUUCAGCCCUGACAUUGUUUUGUGGACUGUUAUUAUUCAAAGAGUGGACCUGAAAGAAUUACAUUCUAACCUUGCAAUAGAGUGAUGCCAAAACCUCACAAUCUUUCACACUACUAGUGUGAUGGGGCACAAGUGGGAUUAACGAACAUGUACUGUGCAAUUAUUUACUCUAUCUAUUUGUACAUAUUGUAUAUACCAAUUUGCACUUAAUAAUGUAUUACAUAUUCAUGAUGUCACAGAAGCCAGUUCUAUAUAUGAUGAAAGUUUUGAAUAUACACAUGUAAAUCACACUUACAUGUA